AUGAAGCAGAUAUCAUCGUCUUUGUUCUUCUGCUUUGGGCUGCUGUCGGGCUUUCUCUCUCUCCGCUACAUGCUUGACUCCUACCUUUUACCGGACCUUGUCUUUUAUAAAACGCGGGAUUUACAGUACAGAGCCAAUUACUCUCAGCAUGUUCACUCAGGUGAGAACUUGACCAAGCCAUCUAAUCAGACUCAAAAAGUACGGAUUCUGUGCUGGAUCAUGACGGGGCCCUUGUUCCUGGAGUCCAGAACCAGACACAUCAGAGCGACGUGGGCCAAACGCUGCGACAAAACCCUGUACAUGAGCUCUGUCAAGACUGCGUUUCCUACUGUGGGACUGAAUGUGAGUGAGGGGAGGAAAAACCUGUACUGGAAGACCAUCGGAGCCUUUAGAUACAUCUACAAGCACCACAUGGACGAUGCAGACUGGUUCCUAAAGGCAGAUGAUGACACAUAUAUUGUCGUGGAGAAUCUACGUUACUUGCUGUCUAAGUUUGACACAGAGAAACCGUUGUAUUUAGGCAGGAAGUUUCGCCCUUUUGUUAAAAAAGGCUACAUGAGCGGAGGAGCAGGUUAUGUCCUCAGUAAGGAGGCCUUGAGGAGGUUCAUAAAAGGAUUCGAGACUGGAGAAUGUACCCACUUCUCCAGCAUAGAAGACAUGGCUCUGGGGAAGUGCAUGCAGACGAUGAAGGUGGAGGCUGCAGACACUAGAGACAUUCAAGGGAGACAGACUUUUCAUGCUUUUCCUCCGGAACGUCAUCUGAUCAGACAACUUCCAAGAUCACGCUCCUCGUUCCGGUGGUACGACGCCUAUAAAUCAGCACGGGGUCCAAACUGCUGUUCAGAUUUAGCCGUGUCGUUUCACUACAUUAAACCACACCAGCUGUAUUUUCUGGAUUACCUGACGUACCACCUCCGGCCAUACGGAUACAAAUACAGAUUUAACUCUGAUGAGAAAACCCCUGAAGAAAAAACUACAGAUAAGCCAAAAAUCAGCAGCACUGCAACUACAACUAAGUCUCCAUGA